AUUUAAGUAACCCUUAUUAGAACAUAUUUUCUUGAACUGACUUAUUUGAACUUUUUACACCUGAACUAAGUGAAAAUAAGGUAAACAAAACAGGCCCUAAUAGAGUGUAAGUUAAAUAUUUAUAGAAAAAUAGAGUGGUGGAGAGAGUGUGAGGGUCAAUGAUCAAGAAAGGAAUAAAGGAAUGAUAUUUAACAGUUAAAAAGUCCUUAACAUGGCUUUAAACAGAAAAUAUAUAUUAUAGAGCAGAGGUAGUACUCAUAGUAGCAUGUGCUUACUUUUUUGUUGAUUUGUUCAUUUUCUAGGAAGUCAUGUGUUCAAGUCAUAAAAAUUCUUUUACUAUAACAAUGUGAUGAUCAGACCAAGUGUUAUGUGUUUCUUUUACGUCUUUUGCUUAAAUAUAAUUCUUUUAUUAAACUGGUCAGACUGCUCAUAUGAUUCUUGCUUAGCUAAAAAUCUAAUUACAAUCUUACAAAUUACAAAUAGUAUAUACUCUAUAGAGUCCGUACUAUAUCAGGUUCCUGCAGUCCUGUUGCACAACUGUUUCCAUAAAAUAUCAGACCCAGCCCUGCCUUAAUAAGAGUAGAUUAAAUUAUUGAAUUAAAAAUUGUUCUAUAAAUCUAGGCAUCAAUUUGCUACACUUUUUUGCAAUUCUAACGUUGGAAUUAUGGCAGCUGGCAUUCUAAUCAUAAACAAUACAAAGUAAUAGAUAAUGAAAUAUAUGCUCUAGAAGUUCCAUGCAGGAUUCCAUCUUAGUAUAUAUAUGCUCUCAACCCUUUAAUAUUAAAGAACUCUCUUAUGAAUGAGAGACAAAAAAUCACAUCAUCAUCAAAAAAGGGGGAAACUACUCCCACUAAAAAGCCAAGGGUCCUUAUUGGCAACUUUGAAUCUAGAGGAUUUUUAAGGAUUGGGGAAUAAUUUUCAUUUUAUGCCUGGACCUCAAUUCAUUCAUGUUACCAAAGUCUUUUAGUCAAAUCAAGUCAAAUAUCUUUGCUAAUAAAGACGUUUUAACUGCUUAAUUUGUUUGGAACUUUCUUACAUCCUAAAGCCAUCCUGGCCUUUGUUUUAUGUUAAUUUUCACGCUGACAUUCACAAAGAGAUACAUGAAACACAAAAGCAUUUUGAACACCAUCAGAAUGAUGAUCUUUAGUUUCUUUGUUAGCAUCCACUUUCCUUUCAUAACCUUCAUUAUUUUCCUAGCUUUCUCCUUGUCAAAUGGUGAGGAUGCAAAGUAUACAGCUUGCUCUAAUCUAUACUCGUGCGGACAGAUCCAAAACAUUGGGUAUCCUUUUUGGGGAGGGGGUAGCAGGCCUGGAUUCUGUGGCAUCCCAGACUUUAAGCUUAAUUGUCUUGCUGGUACAGAGUUCCCUACUAUGAAUAUAUAUAAUAAUGGAUACUUGGGAUUAAAUGUGCUUGGCAUCAAUACAUCUUCGCAUACCAUGUCUAUUUCCCGACUUAAGCUGUUGGAAACCUGUUAUUUGCAAGAUACAAGUAAAAUAACCAUGAUUUCCACAUUGAAGCCAGAUAGCAGUUAUAGCUACAUAAGCUUAUUUUAUGGUUGCUCUGAUUGUGUCUCUGGAUUUCACUCAAAAUCUUUUACUUGCACCAACUCUAAUAAUCAUACUAAUGAUUUGGCUUAUUACUUCGAAGACCCAUCAGAGAUCAGCAGAAUAGGAAAGUUGUGUUCGUGCAAGAACAAUGUUACUGUUCCGGUGGACAAGAGUCGGUUAGAUGAACUUAGAAGCGCAAACGCUUCUCUUUGGAGUAUCCUAACAGAGUGGCCAGUUGAAAUGGAGUACAUGGUGAACUUCACAGCCUGUUCCAAGUGUGAGGAGUCUGGCGGAAGAUGUGGAUCAUCAGUUGAUGUCCCAUCUUUGGAUCAGUUCGUGUGUUAUUGCCAGGAUGGACCUCAUCCAUUUGUGUGCUCUCAAUCAGGUGAACAAAGAAAGUUAACAAUCCUUGGAUCAGGUGUGGCUGCUGUAGUAUUAGGGACAGUGAUGCUGAGUGCUCUGUUCAUACUUGCAUAUAAAAGACGAGGAACCUAUAAAUUUCCAUUUCAAUGGAGUAGAAUAACAGGGGAUCAAAAUGUGGCAGCCUUUCUGAAAAGUUAUGGAUCCCUUGCCCCAAAAAGAUACACUUUUGCCGAUAUAAAGAAAAUGACCAACUCUUUCAAAGAUAAACUUGGUGAAGGAGGUUAUGGCAUUGUUUACAAAGGCAGGCUACAUGAUGGUCGUUUUGUGGCAGUGAAGAAGUUGAAGAUUUUAGAGGGUGAUGGAAAAGAAUUCAUCAGUGAGGUAUUAAGCAUCAGCAGAACUAACCACGUCAACAUUGUCACUCUUUUAGGCUUUUGUAUUGAACGAUACAAACGAGCUCUUGUAUUUGAGUUUUUGCCUAAUGGAUCUCUUGACAAGUUUAUAUAUGGUAAAGAGAUUGAGAAAUCAUUGCAGCUGGAAACUAUGUUCAACAUUGCAGUUGGAAUUGCUAGGGGACUUGAUUACCUACACAGAGGCUGUAAUAUACAGAUUUUGCACUUUGACAUUAAGCCCCAUAAUAUUCUUCUUGAUGAAGAAUUUCGCCCGAAGAUAUCUGACUUUGGCCUUGCUAGAUUGUGUCCACCAAUGAAUAGUAUGAUAACAAUGUCAGAAGCAAGAGGGACAAUUGGGUACAUUGCUCCAGAAGUUUUUUGUAGAUAUUACGGCAGCAUUUCCCAUAAAUCAGAUGUUUAUAGCUAUGGGAUGAUGCUCUUAGACCUAGUUUGUGGUAGAAAUACCAAAGCACAUGACACUAGUGCAAUGUGUUUUCCUGAAUGGAUAUACAAUCGACUUGAGUCCAUGGAGGAAGUUGCAGUUAAUCAGAUGUUGAAUGACGAUAAAAAGGAGAUAGAGAAAAAGAUGAUUUUAGUGAGCUUAUGGUGCAUACAAACAUAUCCGGCAAACCGACCUCCUAUGAACAGAGUUGUAGAAAUGUUAGAAGGGUCAUCAGAGUCGUUACAAUUGCCCCCCAAACCAAAUCUAUCUUCUCCUACAGAAUCCAUGAUGGAUUCCUUGUCUAUAAUCACCACGUGAGGUCAGGUAUGUCCAUGCUUUAAUACAAUGAGAGAUAUGUCAAAUGUAUUUAUAUGGCAAUGGGAUUUGAUUUUUGAACUUUCAGUUAUUGAAGUUAUUGUUGUAGGAGAUAUCAAAAUGAUAUAUGUUAUCAUGUGGAUUUAAAUAUCAAUAAUAAUGAUUUCCAUUUUCA